CUACUUUAUUGACUUGACUCAAUUAUUGAACCUGAGCACCCUACCGGAGAAAAAAAGUAAGUUUAGAAGGGCUUCUCUGAGCUGGAUCAGAGUAAUAGCCUACAGCAUCAAGGUGUGUGAAGAUUUCAGAUUUGUUUCCGCAUUUAAUCUUCAGCUUGGUAGCCAGGUGUCUGAAAUUGGAAUAAAGAUGAUAUUGAAAUCUUUGGGGUUUUGUGGUUGGAAGAAGAAUGAAAGUUCAUCAUCAAAGAAAGAGUAUAAAUCAGUAAUAGAAGAGCUAUGCCAUCAAUUUUGCAUGGAAGAUAUUAGAAAAGCAACCAACAACUUUGACAAAAAACUUCUCCUUGUAGAAGAGUCCUUUUAUUUUUGGGUGUACAAAAGUUGUGUCGAGUAUAACGGUACAAGUAAUUAUACAAUUGCAAUAAAACGCGGGAGCCCUACUAAAAAGAAAAAGAUGAAAAAUGAGGAGGAUAGCACCCGUUCCUAUAUGGUGAACGAAAUUGAGUUGCUAUGUCAGCUUCGUCACCCAAAUAUAAUCUCACUUAUAGGAUUCUGCAAAGAAAAUGAAAUGAUUGUUGUGUACGAGUACAUGGCGAAUGGAUCACUUGGUGAUUACUUGUUUAAAAGGAAGAAGGAACCGCUAUCAUGGAAGAAGAGACUAGAGAUCUGCAUCGGAGUAGCACGUGCUCUACACUACCUUCAUGCUGGAGCCAAGCGUACUAUCUUUCAUCGCUUCAUACAACCCAAUAGCAUUCUAUUGGAUGAGAAUAUGGUACCCAAACUCUCAAAUUUUGAACUUUCCUUGCAAGGAGCACUCUCUACCUCCAAGCCAAAACCAAUUACAGAUGAUAUUCGGGGUACAAUUGGAUACAUUCCCCUUGAAGUGCUUAAACUUGGCAUCUAUACUGAUAAAUGUGAUGUUUACUCCUUUGGUAAAGUUCUACUAGAUGUGAUAUUCGGCACAAGGGACGAGGAUUUGAUGAGCAAGAUCAAUAUGUUAGCAAGCCUACACUUUGGGGAGAGGACGAAUGAAUAUUUGGAAGUAUUGAAACAUUUACCCCUUACACUCAUCAGGCCAAGCAAGCUCUUAUGUUCGUGGAUUCCUAUGGAGGAGAUGGUUGAUCCAGAUCUUAACGGAAAGAUUGCUCCCGAGUGUUGGGAUGCAGUAAUGAGUAUUGCUCAAAGAUGCAUAGAAUAUGAAGCAGAUGAGCGACCAACAAUGGGUGAAGUAGAGUUGUUGCUUGAGAGUGCUCUCUCAUUGCAGCAACAAUUUCAUAUUACACACUCUGCUGCUGCUCAUUACACCUUAUCCUCCACCACCUAUAUUCAUAUGCUACCAUCAAUUUGUAUUCAUGCCAAUAACAUAGAGGACAUGCUAAACCAUCAAUUUCCCCUGGCUGAUAUUAGAGAAAUGACCAAUAAUUUUGAUGACGAUUAUGGAAUAAUGGGAAAAGGUAGUUUUGGAGAAAUGUACCGAGGUCGUGUCAGACUUAAUGGUGUAACAGAUAAUUACUACUAUUGGAUCGCAAUAAAGAAGAUGGAUUGGCCAUCAAUUUGUGAUUCUGGGAUGCAAUUCAACUUCAGGAAAGAAAUUGAGAAAAUCUGUGUGAUUCGCCAUCCAAAUUUGGUGUCUCUUUUAGGAUUCUGCGAUGACGAUGACAAUGAUCAUAAUCAUAAUGAUGAUGAUGAUGAUGAUGAUGAUGAUGAUGAUGAUGUUGAUGAUUCUGUUGAAGAUGAUAAUGAUGAUGAUGCCAAGAUACUUGUCUCCGAGUUCAUACAGAAUGGAAGUCUACUUUAUAACCUGCAUGAUAGUCAUCGGAUUAAGAAAGCUCUGACAUGGAAGAAACGACUGCAAAUAUGCAUUGGAGUAGCACAAGGACUUCACUACCUUCACACAGCAUCCAUGUUUCACCGUAACAUUAAACUUACUAACAUCCUUUUGGAUCGCGCUAUGGUGCCUAAACUCUCUGAUUUUGGGUUUCCCUGGUCAAACCCAAUACAUGCAGGUUAUUAUGCUGCUCCUGAAUGGUGUGAAGGUCAUGAAUUCACAGAUAAGUGUGAUGUUUACUCUUUUGGUAUAGUUCUCCUACAAGUGGUAUUCACGAGCAAGCUACCGCUUAUCGAGGGGGAAAGUGAUCCCAUUCUCAAGGGUAAGAUUGCACCGCAGUGCUGGGAAGUGUUCUCAGACAUCACACGACGGUGUUUGAACUUGGAACCAAAUGAGCGACCAACCAUUAAUGAAGUUAUGACUCAAGUUGAGCAUGCUCUAGCACUACAAGAGGAAGCAGAUGCCAACACUAGUGAUGAAUACAACUUAUUAUCAAUGACCUUUGAUGAUGAUGUUUUAUUAGGAAGAGCCUUAUGCUAGCAUUAUUUUCUGAAAUUGUAUUUUGUUGGUUCAUGUAUUUAAUAUGUUUAUUCAAGAUUUAUGUGUAAACUUGUUGACCAAUGAAAAAAGCAUGAAUACUAGCUCAUCUGCUCAUAAUAUUAUCUGUGACAAUAAUUCUAGGGAACCAAGAGGGACCAGCCAAAAACCUGCCAACUCCUCUUGGGCUGGACCCCGAAGCCCACAGCAACAUCCAAAAAAUUCACUCAGGUACAGUUCACCCUAACUAAACCCUAUACUCUCCUUUCACCGUUUCACCGUAGUAGAAGUCGAAAACCAUCCACGGCCGCACCAGUUCAUCGUGCAAUCUUCGCCUCCGCCUUCAUCGGACGUCGCGCCUCCGUCCACCACGUGCGGGCAACAGCCGGCCUCCGUAGAUCGCUUCAGAAUGCCGUGACACUCCCAUCUCCUUCACGUGCUUCUUAGUGCAUUAAUCAGAGCUUCUCCAAUCUCGGCCGCGGCAACAUCGUUCCAACCAGGUGCGAGGAACAAGGUGGUUCUCAUUCUCACCGAAGGUGCGCCGCUACUGCUGCAUGUCGGUGUUGGCAGCGCCAUUGAAGCCUCCCUGCUCUGUUCCGCCAAAUGCAAUAGGACGUCCUCUGCUCCAGCCUCGAAACCUCCCUUCACAUAACUAAUUGGUAAGUAUUUAAAAGCUUGUUUUUAUUGAUGUAGGGUUUCAGUACCGUGAAUGAUACUUGUUGGAUGUUGCCUUUGAUUUGGGUAUAAUUAAGGUAUUAUUAGAUGUUGCUUCUGAUUUCAUGUGCAGGUUUUUGUAAAAUGAUUUGGACACGGUGCUGUUAUACUGUUUCUUGUGCCUUUUUGUGUUCCUUAAAAGGUUUCUUUGUUUCUACAAGAGAAGAUGAUUCUUUAUGAUUGGUUCCCUAUUUUCGUAUUUCAUCAUGCUCGAUUCCUGUAUCUUCAUAAUGGUGAAAGUUUUAAAAAGUACUGAAUUGUUAUUUUUUAUAGUAGUUCACAAAAUAGUGAAAGCAUGACUUUUGCAUAAUAUCAUCAUCAGAGAAAGCAAACGUGAAGGGACUAGAAUUUCCUUGUGAUUCCAAUUAGAGGCUUUUGUAUAGAAUAUAUUUGAAUGGUAAUUAAUUGCUGAAUCUGAAUUUUUUACUUUAUAAACAACAUGAUUUGGCUCUUAUAAUUCUUCGGCACCCUCCUAAAUCACAAUAUUAGCCACUAUAUCACAACGGCAAAAUUAGAAAAUAACAAUAAUGAUAAUAGCAAUAAUUCUUAUCUUUCAAUUACAGGAAAAGAAUUUUUUUUAUUCACAGCAUAUGAUGUAGAAUUUUAUUUUCUUUUCUGUUCUUUUAGCUCAGGUUAUGAUUUUGUACUUCUUAGCAAAUUUUAGAUUCAAUUAUCUCACACAAUUAGAAGAAUUUAACAAUAUUUGUAGCAUUGACCACUUGGAAUAAUAAACAUUAAAUAAUAAGCAUCGAAGUAAGUUUUACAAAUUGAACGUAUGGGUAGUUUGAGAUUAGUUUUUAUCCGAGUUCUUUAAAGGAUUUUUUUUAUUAUGAUAACUAUAUUUCGAUUUAGCAUUUCCAUGGCCAUGUUCUGAUUUAUUAAUCCUUACCUUUACCAUUAUUUAUUUUGAAACCAAAUCCAACUUACACUUUAAUUUUUUUGGAUGGGUGAAUAGCAAAUAACGGAUGAUACUUGGUUAGUGUUGAAUAAAAGGUGUGGAUUAAUGAAGGGUUUUAGUAGAAUUGAUCCGACUAGUUGGAUGUUGCUUCUGAUUUGUGUAUAAUUAAGGAAUGGAUAGAUGUUGCUUCUGAUUUGGAUUUUAUAUGAUAUUAAUUGAUUGGGGUUUUGUAUAGCAGCAACCACAAUGUAUAAUUGAGGACUUUUUUUUUAUGUUGCUUAUGAUUUUG